UGGUUGGGAGUGGCACAGCUUGUUCAAAGUGAUAGCCAUGUGGUAGAGUUGUAGAAAGAUGGGGUCUGUAUUACUUUUCAGGUGAUGCAGUGCAGCAGAGUAAAUAAGUUUGUGUUUGUUUUUUUAUUUGCUUUUUCUCUGGCUUCACCUCUUAGAAUUUGGGAUGAAGUAAAAAGGAAUGUGGGGCUGGCUGGCUCCCUUUCCUCCCUGCAGAAUAUUGUUGCUGGUCUAGGGACUUGGGGAAUAUGGGAACAGCCUGAGUUGUUAACUUCUCAUAGCCAAUAACUUCUGGUUUAAUUGUACUGCCCAGAUGGUGGAGCUGAUGCAUCAGUGUAGUGCUAAGCUUUCUCAGGCUGGGGCUUCUCACAGUUUGAAAUGUUGCUACUUUUUUUCCCCAUGUCUAGCUCUUGGGAUCUUCAGAAUUUGCAAGGGGGCAACUUCUGUGAAGACUAUGAAUAAGUAAGCAGUAAGCAGAAUAGAAGUCAGCUUCGGAGGUGGUUGUUGCUGGUUACAUACAAGGCCAGUUUCAGAUAUACGCAAAAACAGAUAUGCCUUUGUGGCCCCAGUGAUGGUGCAAGCCAUGAAGUUGUGUUGCAGAUGUGAUGUGUGUUCAGUUUUGCUUUUACAGUGACUCAUUUUGAAAGAUACAUAUUUAUUGAGAUGCAAGAUGUCUGCCCUGAGGCUGACUUCUAAUAGAACUUCCCACCAGGCCUCAUCUAACUCUGAUUACACCUGGGACUACGAGUACUAUGAGUACGGACCAGUGUCAUUUGAAGGCCUGAAGGCUCAUAAAUAUUCCAUUGUGAUUGGAUUUUGGGUUGGUCUUGCAGUUUUUGUCAUCUUCAUGUUUUUUGUCCUGACCCUGCUGACGAAGACAGGAGCACCUCAUCAAGACAAUGCAGAGCCUUCUGAAAAAAGAUUUCGCAUGAAUAGCUUUGUGGCAGAUUUUGGAAGACCUCUGGAGUCUGAGAGGGUCUUUUCUCAUCAAAUGGCUGAAGAAUCCCAGUCACUUUUCCAUUUCUGUAUUAAUGAAGUGGAACAUACGAACAAAGGAAAAGAGAGUCAGAAAGGUCCAGGUCUGGAGAGUAAUAUCCACUUCCAGGAGGUUCCCAGAAGCAGUGGAGUGUUUGAGGAAGACCUACAUUGUCUUCCAAAAUUUAACAUUCCUAACUUUGUGAACACUGAGCAGAACUCUUCAUUAGGUGAGGAUGAUCUCCUCAUCUCAGAGCCACCAAUCAUUUUAGAAAGCAAAUUGGUCAUGCAAUCUUCCCAUCGGAUCCUUGACUGAAAAAAUCUUUUAUGUUAACGUAAAAGAUUGUCCAGUUGGAACCCUUUCUUGGCCUUCUGCUAUUUUGACAGAAUGUAUUUCAGACCUGUGCUUUUUAUUGUACAUAAGACUGCCUGUGCUACUAGAACUCAGUUUAGACAAGAAGUAAAACACUAAAUGCUUUAUUAUGAUGUUUUUUGUGGUCUAAACUUUUUACCCAGCCAGCGUUAUUUUUGCUUUGUGAUUUUUUUUUGUUUCUUGUUUUGUUCUUUGAUUUUAAAGGACUGCUUAUGACCAGCUUCUGAAGGAUCCCGUAACAAUUUAUGAGGACUGUGAAGGCUGGAGCCUGGUACUGGGAAGUGUAUGAAAAUUCCUUGGCCAAGAAAAGUGUAAAUCUCAAAGUGAGACUGAAGUAAGGAAUAAACAGGCAGCCCCUGGGGAGGUUCUGUAGCUUCUGCUACUUCCAGUAACGAUGCCUGAAGCUAAGCAGCACAAUAAAUAUCUGCUUGGGAUUAACUUCAAUUUCUGAUUCCUAACUGUUUUUGGUGUAGGUCAAAGCCAAUUUACAAAGCUUCCAGAGGGAAUACCUUGCAAAUUAAAUUGUUUGGCUACAGUGUUUACAAAAUGCCAUCACCACAUGGUGCUGACUAAAAGCAAAUUAGUGCCUGUACUUAUAGUACUUCAGAGUGACAUUCUAACAGCUGCCCAGUGAUGAUGAGGAAUUAGUAUUCUACACACAAACACAGACCGUGAUUUGACUCUUUUUUUUUAAAUUGCUGAUGUGAACUUCCAGUUCAGUAAGUGUAGGAUUCAGUAGAUAAAUCACAGGAAAUAAGAAAAAAACUAUUUUUCUUUUGGCAGUGCAGUUACUACAUUCAAAUGUAACAUUAAGCUGGUGUUAUGUGUUGCUUAUAGGCUGAACCUUCCUACACUUUUUGGCUUUAUAAUCAGCCCUUUCUUUAUUCAUGGGCCAUGGAAGGGCUAGCAAGCUUUGGAUUGUUGAGAGCACCAGCUCCAAAUGUGAAGCUAAGCUCUGCUUGCUCCAUCUUCUUUUUAUACUCAAUUGGGAUGGUGUUGCAACCUCAGCUACUCUCACAAUUAAAGGUUUGUCAAGGAAUUGAAUAAGUGUAGUUUCAACCUUUAUUUUUUAGAGACAGAAUAAGGUUCUGAACCUUAGAGAGUACUUAAAUUAUAUUUCAGCUUUCCUCAAAAGAUGGUAAUUAAUGACCAAAUGGUUUUAGAGCAAGCACAGAGGAUACAGAGGCAUCAGGUUGAAAUCUUUUACUUGAUUUGGAGUAUGCUCUGCAGGAAAUUCUUAAUUGAAAUGAAAAUAAGUGGAUGCCA